AUGGAGCAGCUCUACAGCUUACCCAAGCAUCAAGACUGGGCUGAGGAGAGGGCAUGGUGGGGCCCAGAACCAGUUACAUGGGGAUACAAUGUGGACGUCUUCGCUGAACUUUUCCUCCGGCCCGGUAUGAAGAGGGAAGCCAGCCUGAACGUCGAAUUCGCCCACUUUCUCAUGCUGUCUGGGAGACACCCUGCCGAGCACCAAUCCCGGAUGGUGGAGGCCUUGGACUACUGGGAGCGUGAAGGACAACGCUGCCCCGGAAUGGUCUUGCGGGGGGCGCUCGGUGAAUCGGUGUACGGGGACGUCGCGCGAGCAGGGCCGGACACAACAUGUUUUGCGGGCGUUCAGGUAUGGUAUAUGUGCCCUGCCGUGGUUUGA